GCGUGACUAAAUGAGACGCUCACCACUACAUGCAGCCCAAAAAAAACAACAACGUUUUACGUGCGUGAAAAUUGGUUAAGUUUUUAUAAAAAAAACGUAGUAAACUGAUUUUUUGACAGUUAUCGAACAAUCCAUAUGCUGCGGGGGAGUGCGGGGCUAAGGGCUUUAAUCAGCAGGACAGUCCAAAAAGGUCCGCAAACGUGAAUUUUGCGAAAGUGAAAACGGGGUUGUGCUGUGUGUGUGUGGAAAACGGAACAAAACGGUGCCAAAAACGCAAGGAAAAGCUGCAAAAGCGGUGCACGGCAUACGGGUUGAUAAAGCAGAAGAUUUGGACAAACGCGGCAGCCAAAGAUAUAGGCAAGAAAUCUGUGCUUUUAAGCGAUUUGCCAGCAAUACAAAUUACCAACAUCCAGUAACCACCCACACAAACAUAUUGUGUACACAAUAUAUACAUACAUACGUAUAUUUGCGUAGUGCGGCGCUCGAAAAGCAGUUUCCCAUCACCAUCUCAUCAUCACCGCCAUUCAUUGUAAACCCACUCCGGAAUCCAUCCCACCUCUGCCGUACCACAUGUCCUACAUGAUGGCCAAAACGCUGGAGGAGCAGAGCCUGCGGGAGUGCGAACACUACAUCCAGACCCACGGAAUCCAGCGAGUCCUCAAGGACUGCAUCGUCCAGCUGUGCGUCUGCAGACCCGAGAAUCCCGUGCAGUUCCUGCGACAGUACUUCCAGAAACUCGAGAGGGAACAAGUCAAACUGGAUGCCAGUAGACAGGUAAUCAGCCCCGACGACUGCGAAGAUCUCAGCCCGAUGCCACAGACAGCAGCUCCGCCGGUUCGCAGGCGAGGUGGAAUCUCCGCCGAACCCGUAACCGAAGAGGAUGCCACCAACUAUGUUAAGAAGGUGGUACCCAAGGACUACAAGACGAUGAAUGCCCUGUCCAAGGCGAUUGCCAAGAACGUCCUGUUUGCCCACUUGGAUGAGAGCGAGCGAUCCGAUAUAUUUGAUGCCAUGUUCCCUGUGAAUCACAUUGCCGGCGAGAAUAUCAUCCAGCAGGGCGAUGAAGGCGACAACUUUUACGUGAUUGAUGUGGGAGAGGUCGAUGUUUUCGUCAACUCCGAACUGGUGACCACCAUCAGCGAGGGCGGGAGCUUUGGUGAACUGGCCCUCAUCUAUGGCACUCCUCGCGCCGCCACCGUGCGCGCCAAAACCGAUGUGAAGCUGUGGGGCAUCGACCGCGACUCCUACCGCCGCAUCCUGAUGGGCUCGACCAUCCGCAAGCGCAAGAUGUAUGAGGAGUUCUUGUCGCGCGUGUCAAUUCUGGAGAGCCUGGACAAAUGGGAGCGCCUCACAGUGGCCGAUUCUCUGGAGACGUGCUCCUUCGAUGACGGUGAGACGAUUGUCAAGCAGGGAGCCGCUGGCGAUGAUUUCUACAUCAUCCUCGAGGGCUGUGCGGUGGUGCUGCAGCAGCGUUCUGAGCAGGGCGAGGAUCCCGCCGAGGUGGGCCGUUUGGGUAGCAGCGAUUACUUUGGCGAGAUUGCUUUGCUUUUGGACCGACCCCGUGCGGCGACUGUUGUGGCUCGCGGGCCGCUCAAGUGCGUCAAACUGGACCGGGCGAGAUUUGAACGCGUUUUGGGACCCUGCGCCGACAUACUCAAACGCAACAUCACGCAGUACAACAGUUUCGUAUCGUUGUCCGUUUAAGGCCGCAGCAACGACAACAACCACUACAACAAAUCAACAACAAAGAGCAGCAGCAGCAAAGAAAGCAACAACAACCGACAAAACAAACAGAAACAACAACGCAGCGAACGUGGAAAACCAACAUGAAGUCGAUGGGAAAUAGUUGGAUACAUAAAUAGAGAACAAAAACAAACGCUCAGCAGCAUAAACAUGAAGUCGUAAACUAUAUAAGUGUGUAAAAUUAAUUGUCACAGAGCCAUUGGAUUCUCAACUCUUUCGGAGAUUCAGAGUGCACGGGAGCUGAGGGCCAACAAAUAUUAAUUAUCCAAUUCUGUAUGUUGUGCUGAAGUUAUAUAAUAGUGUAUGUGUGUGUCUCUGUGCAAGGUUGCGGCGGGAAGUUCCACACUCCGCAACCCCCAAUAUCGGAGACAGCUUUCCCCGUAUUCAUCUAUUUAAUUCUCUUAACUUCUUUCAAGUUCUUCGGCUAUUUAGAAAAGAAAGCCCAUUUGUAUAAUCUAUGGGACAUGUUGCCUCCUCAAAACGUUUCAUUAAAUAUCCAACAGACAUCUGAAUGUUUUUUAAAAAAGAAAUAAACAAGAUGAAUAUGUGUGUAAUAACUUAAAUCAUACGAAAAUGAAACACACACACAGGCACAAAACACAGACACACGAACUCAUACACUCUCAUACGAGGAAUGAAGUCAUGGAAAUAAUAGGACAUGAAUGAAACAAUUGUAUUUCGCUUAUAUGAUUCGUUGUAGCAAACACACAACGGCAGCAAUUAUGAACCAUCGUAAUUUUAAUUUUAGUAAAUUAUUUUCAAAAGUAAACGCUUAGCACACGAAGUCAGCGAGCCGUUAACUUUUUAAUUAAAUAUUAAAAUCAGUGAAAAAUUCAUGAUUUUCCCACAUGUUUCUUGUUUCUUCAUCGAAAGGUGUUUCGUAAUCUUAACAUAGUUUUAUGAUUUUUAAAUAACUAAUUUAAGCUUGAGCACAGCGAAUGCCUAGGUUAAACUGUUAUCAAAGAGGUAUUUCCGUUCUUCAAAAGUUGUACAUAUGUCAUGUUUAGAAAAUUCUUUUAUUUUCUUGUAUUGUAAGACUGUAAUUUUUGGAGUUUUGGGCUUUUAAAAAACCGGUACAAUAAUUUUGAUCAAGUAAUGAUAGUUAAAAAUUUGAAAUUAUAAUUGAUUGAUUAUACAUAUUUCUUGGAAUAUCCCUAAAAUUACAAAACUAAUGUACUAGGCAUUUCCAACAACUGCCAGCUAACGAGAAGAUAACUUUACAACAAUUUAAGUCGCAGAGUAUGGGUUUGCGUGUGUGUUGGGUGAGUGUGCGUGUGUAUCUGUGUGAACUAAUGAAUAUUACCCAAACGAGAAGUUGCAUUUACAACACUCAGAAAAAAACGCAGCCAACAAAACGAUUUGUGUGUAUAUAUUUAUAAAGCUUAUAUCUGCUCGAUGAUCAUGAAACAUUAUCUACAGCUGUUGCUACAUCACACGCACACACGCACACACUCAUACACUCAUCCACUCACUCUCAAACAGAAAAUCAUAACUCAAUAAUGCGAUUUUGAAAUGCACACAUGCAGAGAUAAAGCUAAAAUUUUGACAGUUUUACAGAAAAGCCAGAAGUUUAAAACGAAAAUAUCUGUGCUGAUAUUUCAGCUGUGACACACUGUUAGAAAAUGAGCAAAAUGCAAAAGGUUGAGCCUAGAACAUUUGUAAGGGGUCUGCGCCGUGUGCAGACCACGCCCAUUUGGGUGUAGAUGGAACCCGCCGGCGGGUUAGAAAGAAAGGAAAUGGCAAAAGCUUAGGAGUGCACGCAAAAAUCAACUUUAGGCCGAAGUGCAGGCAGUGGAGGCAUGGAGAUCGAGAGGAAUACAAUUAAAUUACAAGCAUAAUAUUAUCAAUGUAAAAUCGUAUGUAAAAAAACAAGGCAGAAAUCCAUUA